AUGAGUCUUCUCCUGGCACCGUACAACAAUGCCAUGCGCAUAGGCCAAGGCUUCAACUCGUACACACAACAGAUAUGUGUCGACGAUGCCGUUACUGUAGAUCAAGAGCGCCUGGUCAACGUCUUGACCAACGAUGGCUUCACCAUGGACAACCUGCGGUCCAGCUUGCUUGGCGAUGUGGACAUCAGUUCCGCUGAAGAGCAGCCCAAGACUACAGUCAAACGUGGUCCCAGCCAGAUUGUCACGUACAGCUCGCGCUUUGUCGAUAAGCUGAGCGAGAUCACAGAUGACAUGAACAUCUCCGGCUCGCUCUCUAUUAAGUAUGGUGCCAUUGGUGGAUCGGGCCGUGGCUCGUUCAUCAACUCGGACAAGUUCAAGGAGAGCGACCUGAAUUUCUACAUCAGCGUCAAGGUCAUCAACCAGACCAUCAACAUCAAAGAUGCCCUCAAGUACCAGAACCUUCCAUCUGUCAACGAGAAGAACUUCUCAGACAUAUACGGCGAUUCCUUCAUCUCAGGAUUUCUCGAGGGCGGAGAAUUCAAUGCCCUCGUCAGCAUGAAGGUCUUGAACAAGGAGCGUAAAACUGACAUUGAGGCUGGAGCUAAAGUUGCCCUGUCGGUUGGUGCGGCAGACAUCGAGGCCGAAGCAAACGUCAAAGUGGCGAAGCAGAACAUCAACAACAACACAGAGACGACGAUCCAGGUCAGCUGGUCGGGUGGCGGCAACAUCAAGCCCAUGGAUGAGCCCUGGACCAUUGAUACCCUCCGGGCUGCGGCCGCCAGAUUCCCUGAGCUCGUGGCAACCACUCCGCAGAGGACCUACGCCAUUCUGACCAAGUAUGAGACGCUGCGGAGCUUCCUGGCCCUCAAGCCCGAGAAGCUGAUUCCCCUCUACUACGAAAACGCCACUAUGUACACGAACUCGCUGCUCGACACUUACAUGGACUACAAGAACAUGUACCGCAAGCUGUCGACCGAGAUGUUCGAUGUCCAGUCCGGCAGCAAGCGAUACAUGCCCAUGAACGAGACGGCCGCCGACAGCACAACGCUUUCCCGCAUCGACGACGAGCGCAAAUUCACACCCUCGUACAAGGGCGUUGACCUCGCCAAGCGCGCCUGCAUGUACCAGAUGAUGAAGAUUGUCAAGGAGGUCGACGAGAUCACCAAGAAGCCCGGCCUUGCCACCGACGAAACGCGCGGCGAGCAAUUCCAGAGCUCGCUGGCCUUCGCCGACCGCCUGCCCAAGGUCGAGGCCAUCAAGAAGGAGCCCGUCAACCCGCUCACCACCGAGGUCAUCAAAGCCGACGACGCCGAAAAGGUCUACCCGUCCCUCUACGACGGCGACAACGUGGCCGGCCUGGCCGCCGACGAGCAGCAGAAGAUCAAGGACCUCACUGCGGAGCGGCCCUCGCUGAGCGAGAACCUGCGGCUGGGUGUGCUGUCGGGCUCCGACUUCGGCGACCUGUUCUGCUGCGUCGACUUCCUGAAGCCCGAGUUUUCGCUGAUCCGCGUGCGCGUCGAGAUCACCAGCGGCGUCGUGUCGGCCCUGCACAUGCAGUACUCCAACGGCCUCGUCACCCACCUCGGCAGCGAUGCCGCCGGCGACAAGACCAUCUCCCUAGACAUCCAUCCGGACCAGAACGAGAAGGUCAUAGCCUGCUCCAUCGAAGUUGGCCGCAUGGCCUCGGAAAAGGCUCGCGUGCGUGUCACGGCUCUCCGCCUCUACACCAACCGCGGACCCGACCUGCUCGGCCAGGCCGACGACUGGCGGCCCGCUGUCGCCGGCAAGGCCCUGCGCGGCGGCGCCCAGUUCGAGGACCUCGUCCUCACCCACUUCGACCCCGCGCUGGAGAAGGGCCACCUCAAGGGCUUCUGGGGCCGCACCAAGAACGUCAGCAAGGCCCACCCCACCGCCGGCCUGUACCGCCUGGGCCCGGUCUGGGGCAACCUGAGCGGCGGCGCCAGCGCUGCUACGGGCUUGACGUCGGCUGGUCAGCUUGAGGACGACGCCCACGAGUUCCCCAUCCUGCCGGCCGGCGUGUGGGCCGUCACUGACGCCCGUCCUUGGGACAAGCCGGUCCCACACACCACGUCCGUUGUCUCGUACACGUCAGAAUUCCCCGAGGGCCCCGUGCCGACCUUCAUGCUCGGUCUCUCGUAUCUCGAUAUGGCGGGCGCGGCGAACCCGCGUGCCAUGUCCUACGUCGAGUCCGUCACCGGCAAGGACUUCUCCAUCAAUAUCGACUCCUGGGCCGACACGACGCUCUACCAGGCGAAGCUGGCCUGGCUCGGCGUCCCGACCAACGACCCCAGCAGGUUCCAAGUCGGCAAGUUCGAAGCCCGCUCGGCGUCGGCCCGCGACAUCAAGUUCAGCAAAGCCUUCAAGAAGGCGCCGACGGUCGUCGUGUGGCUCACCGGCCUGGACGAGGAAAAGGGCCGCGGCCUGCGCAUCAACGCCUACGCCACCGACGUGACCGCCAACGGCUUCAAGAUCCACGCCGACUGCUGGAACCAGUCCGUCCUGUACUGGGCCUCCCUCUCGUGGAUCGCCUUCAGCGAGGACACUGGCAUCAUCUCCGGCAGCUACAGGGUCGACAUUGGUGUGGACCUCAACCGCAAGAGGGACGAAGGCAGGGCCAAGUUCCCCGCCGGCAAGUUCUCGAAGCCGCCGAGGGUUAUCACCGCGUUCAACCAUUUGGAUCUGAAUGCAUUCAAUACCGGCGCGAAUGUCCGCAUUGGGACGGAGGUCGACCAGGUUACCACCGAGGGCUUCAGGUACCAGACCUGGGCUUGGGACGAGAGCCAGAUUCAUUACACGACGGCUACUUGGCUGGCCCUUCCGUCGGCGUAG